AACAACUUUCCUUUCUAAGCAAAACAACACAUGGUAGAAAACUGAAAGCUGUGCUGCAUAAGAUUUGAAACAUAAAUUAUAAUUGUAAAUAAUUAAUAAUUAUAAAAAAUGCAAAAUGAGGAUGACAUUGUUUGGAGUCUUCUCAAAAAAUCAUUUUGUUCAUUUAAAGUGAAUACAAAAACACAGCAGUUCUGCCGGAAUGAAUAUAACUUGACUGGUCUUUGCAGUAGAAGUUCAUGUCCUUUGUCUAAUAGUAACUAUGCUACAAUCAGAGAAGAAGAGGGUCGAUGUUUUUUAUAUAUAAAAACUGCAGAAAGAGCUGCCUAUCCAGCUCGCUUAUGGGAGAAAAUAAAGUUAUCCAAAAACUAUGAAAAAGCUUUGGAACAAAUUGAUGAAAAUUUACUCUACUGGCCUCACUUUAUUCGCCACAAAUGUAAACAAAGAUUUACUAAGGUGACACAAUAUCUCAUUCGUAUGAGGAAGCUUAAGGUCGGAAGAACGAAGGAAUUGGUUCCAAAGCAAAGAAAGAUUGAAAGGAGAGAAAGGCGAAGAGAAGAGAAAGCUCUUGUUGCUGCACAACUUGAUAAUGAAAUUGAAAAGCAGCUUGUUGAAAGAUUGAAGAGUGGCUUGUAUGGUGAUAUCUACAACUUCCCACAAAAAGCAUUUACUAAAGCUCUAGAAGAUGAAGAAAUAGAAAGUGAAGUUGAUGAAGAGGAGGAUGAAUUGGAAGAGGAAGAGGAAAGAGAAUAUGUUGCUGAUGUGGAUUUUGAAGAAAGUGAUGUGUCAGAUAUCGAGGAUGUUGUGAAAGGGUUUCCAAAUGAUGAAUCUAGCUCCGAAGAAGAGGAAGAACCAAAGAAGAAACGCAAAGGAGUUAAACGAAGACCUUAUGUUGAAAUUGAAUAUGAGAAAGAUACUGCAAAAGAAAAAAUUGUCUCAUAAUGUUAAUAAAAUUUGUUUUAUAUUUAAUCAUAAA